AAGGCAGUUGCUAUGACAAAAGUUAGAUACUCUUCAGGGUCUCCUCCAUUUAGUUAUUACCUUAAAAAAACCUUUUCUUUCAUCAAACACUUUGCAACAUUUCAUGGCUGGUCUUCAACAAUACAACUUCUUCCCAACAGAUUUGUUCUACCCUCGUCCUAAACCACAAACAUCUUCUGUUAAGCCCACAGUUCUUCCACUCCAAACCCCAAAUGUUGAAGAUGUUCAUCCCCAGACUCAGCAUCAGCAACAACAACCACAUAGGAGCAUGAUCAAAGCUACCCCUUCUUCUUCUUCUUCUUCUUCUUCUGCUGUGGUUUAUAGUCAGAAGAGACAAUCACAAUCUCUUGGUGGGGUUAAGGUAUCCAAAUUCUCCCCAAACCCUCUUUCCUGGGUGGUUUGGAUGACUGAAGACGAGGAAUGAAAUUAAAUUAAAUUAAAUGAAAUGACCUUUUCAUGUUUUCAACUCUGUAAAUUAUUUAAGGGUCUAACCCCUCUCUUUUUUUUCAUGCUUUUUCUCUACUUUCCAGGCUUAGAUUCUCUUCUUUAACCCUUCUUUUCAAUAGUUCUUUUUUUAUGAAUAUUUGAGUUAGUUUACACUACAGAGUGGGAAAGGUCUUACUCAUAGAAGAUGAAAAUCAAUAAAAUUGAAGCUUGUGAUGUUCUUCA